AUGCCACUCUCUAAUACGAAGGUUGCUGAUGAAGGAACGUCUGCACAUCCCCUGCAAGAGGGGCAAGCCACGGUGGACUCCCUCACAAAGGUGGUGGCAUGUUACCGGCACCUGGCCUCCUGCAUCGGUAGCUCUACAGACAGUGUGAGUCUGCGGCAGGAGCUCCGUCAGACCAGAGAGCGUGCUCAGACACUCGCACUGUCCUGCCGCAACCAUCUAACUGCCCGACUGCGGGACAAAGCGCUGUCUGAGGAGGAGAGGAAAGAGACAGAGCUGCAGUGGGUGGCCUUCUCCUCCUGCCUGGAGCUCUUCCACGCAGACAUGUGCAAGGUCUACCACAUCGGCAACUGUUUCUCAGUGGCCAAAAACAGUGCUAUGGUGCAGACUGGCAUGCAGGGAGGUGCCACUGAAGUAGCAGCCCGUGCCCUGAGCAUGCCUGACCUGCAAGAGCACAGUGAUGUGCAGACAGCCAGCAUGGAGGGCCUGGACCAGAGCCAGCUGGAGCAGGAGAUUGCACAAGUGGACUGCACUCUGGAGGACAUGGAGAUGAAGGUCAACGUGCUGCGCUGGACAGUGGAAGCAAGAGGACCUCAGUAUGCUGAUCCAGUUAGCGCUGACAGUGCGUCGCUAGCACUCCUGUCUGUCGAUGAAGAUGUGUCUGGGAGCUUUUGUGACCGCAGCCAGAUGUUUGUGGUGCUGCUGCUGUGUGGCGUGGCCGUCGUUGCCGUGGUGCUCUCUGUGUGUGUGGUGUUUCUGGCCUGA